AUGAUCUUUUCCCGGCUGUUCCAGCUUGCUCUCAUCACGAGCCUGAGCCCCCUGGCUCUUGCUGAUGUCCUUGUCAGCCACGGCGAGAACAACGCCGGCAUUGUGGCUCGCGGGGUUGAUUCGGGUAUGGAAAAGCCGGCUUCUCCUGCGCUGAUCGCUCGCAGCGACUCCAAGGACUCCAAUGACUCCAAGGCCUCCAAGGACUCCAAGGCCUCCAAGGACUCCAAGGACUCCAAGAAGUCGACCACAACGAAGCCCCCCUUCGACGAGGAGGAGCACAGAUGGCUGAGGACGGGCGCAGGCCCCACGGGCCACCUGCACCGCCGCAGCCCGAGCGCCAGCGAGUCUCAUGGCCUGCAAGCUCGCAGCGACUCCAAAAGCUCCAAGGACUCCAAGGACUCCAAGGACUCCAAUGACUCCAAAAGCUCCAAGGACUCCAAGGAUUCCAAUGACUCCAAGGACUCCAAGAAGUCGACCACAUCGAAGCCCCCGUCACGCGAUGACCCCUUUUACGAUUCGACUAAAGGUGGAUGGUUUUGGCUCCAGAAUCGGGGUCUUGAGCGCAGGCAGUCCAAACCCUUCAAGAAAGCCUUGAGUUUCUCUGCCUAG